UUUUUUGAGGAAGCCCUCGAUGGGACCCCAGCCUAAGUAUGCCUUUUUUGAUCAUGACUUUUAACGGUCAUAUUGCUUGCCCUGUUUCCUUUAAAACCCUCUCGGAAACAGCUAUUUCAUACAAAACAAUGAAAUCUACAGAAAUUCUCUUCUCCAUCUUUUACUCAUCCAUAUAAAAUUUUAUCAAGAUCUUCAAACUUUGUAAGCCGAGCGUUCUGUAAUCAUAAAAAAUGGCAGUACGGAGGCAGCCGCUGGCAGUAAUCCAAGAUGAAAACGCCGAAAUCAAUAGAGGCAAGACGAAUGUGGCUAAAUCUGGCGGGCUGAAGGUGCAGCAGACAGAUUUAUCAGACCGAAAAAAACUAUCAAACAUCACCAAUAAACUGAAACCCCUGCCAAAUUUAGGGAAGGGUGGAUUUAGCGCUAGAGUGGAUCCAGAACUUUCGGGGAAAUCUGGGGUAAAGGGCCGAACUGUGCCUCGGACUCCUUUGGGAAAUAUUUCAAAUGUAGAAUCUUCCGUACAAAAGGGCAAGCCAGAAGCUCAUUCAAAGAAUGUAAGAUGGAGUCCUAAUCCUAAUUAUGAGGUCACUGAGGAGAUGAAGCGGCUGGCGGAGAUUUGGGCUCAGGAGGGGAUUGAGAAGUGCCAUUUUACAGGAGAAGACAUGGACGCUCUCUAUGAGAAGAUGGCAGAGGAAGAGAUGAACAUGCGGGUGGCUCAGGCUCUAGGCUACAGAUCUGAGAUUCCAUGUUGCCUUCCUAGUGCUCUUGUAGAGCCCACUGAAAUUAAAGACUGUCUUGAGUUACUCCCAGUCCCAGAGGAAGAUCUGGAGUUAGUCCGAGUGAAUCGGCCCUCUAGCUCUUCUUCUUCUUUCUCCCUUUCGGAUAUUUUGGAUCACGACAUCGACGACGAUGCUGAGUCACCAGAUGUACGCUGGGAGCUUAUUGAUUAGUUCUGCAACUUUUGCAUCUCUGCUUUGUAUUUUCACCUCUUUGAGAUUUGAUAAGAAAAUUUUCCUGGAAAAAACAAUUUUGUAAAUAUUUAUGUAAAAAAUGGAAAGUGACUCGAGCUAAUUUCGCAUCA